GAGCCAGGUAGCCGCUACACUGACACGUAAGAAUCCAGCGUAAAAUGUAAGGAAGAAGUUACAUCUUUUUCUCAAGUUGAAUGUCGAUACAGCUGCUUAGACUCUGACUUGAUGUACAGUUGACCCGUCCCGGACCAGAGGCCUGCUCGGACGCUUUUUGAAGCGACGCGGGGCUGCCAAACACAGCAGCCGACACACAAGAUGAGAUUCUCGGCGUUUGUUUCUGUGCUGCGGUCGGUCGGCCCGGUGGUAAUCGGUAUUUCUUUAGGGUUUACGUUGAGUUUAUUAAGUGUAAACUGGACAGACGAAGCGUGUUACCUAGACGGUAAGGAGGGCGAGGGUGUGACUGUGGGUCAGGAUGGACUGCUCAAAGGAGCCCGAAAGCCCAACUCUAUUUCCACUGGCAACGAUGUGGAGUCCGACGAGGAUUUUGAACCGCGAAUAGUGCCAUAUAAACAAGUCCAGCAGAGCGCCCCAAAGAAAGUUUUCAGGGCUAAAUACAUAAGCACAGAGUUGGGGACGCGAGAGCGUCUGUUUGUCGGGGUCCUGACAUCCAAGAACACCCUAAACACUCUGGGUGUAGCUGUCAAUCGCACCAUCAGCCAUCACCUGGACUCUGUGAUCUUCUUCACAGGCAUGCGCAACCGCAAAGUCCCUCAUGGCAUGUUCGUGGUCUCUCACGGAGACGAGAGGCUGAUAUGGAACAUGUAUCAGAACAUCAAACACAUCUUAGACCAUUACAUCAAUGAAUUUGACUGGUUCUACUUCGUCCAGGAUGACGCCUACACGGAAGCUGACAGGAUCAAAACCCUGGUGGAUCACCUGAGCAUGGAUCGAGAGCUCUACAUGGGCAAACCUGAGGAGUUCAUAGGAGGAGAAAUGGAAGGGAAGUACUGCUACGGAGGGUACGGGUACAUCCUGUCACGUACCUUGCUCCUCCGACUCCAGCCCUACCUGGAAAACUGCAGGAACGACAUCCUGAGCGCAAGGCCUGACGAGUGGCUCGGGAGAUGCAUCAUUGAUUACACACACACCAACUGCGUCAAUGAAUUUCAGGGGCUUCAGUACCACCAUUAUGAGUUGGGAAAAAACUCAGAUCCGAGUAAAGAAGAAAGUGAACAGUUCAAGAAAGCUCUGACUGUCCAUCCAGUGGCUGACCCUGAACAGAUGUACAGGCUGCACCGAUACUUCACUGAGAUUGAACUCCAGAAGACCUACGAUGAGAUUGCUAAGCUGCAGGCAGAAAUAAAGAACGUGAGUGUGGUUGCUUUUGAUGGCAACAGGAGUUCCCAGUGGCCUGUGGGGAUCAAUCCACCGUUUGAACCAAAAUCUCGGUUUGAAGUCCUGAAGUGGGAAUACUUUACAGAGGAAGAGAUUUAUUCAUGCGUCGAUGGCUCUCCAAAGUGUGAACUGCAGGGUAUUGACCGCAUGGAUGUGGCCGAUGUCAUUGAUGUAGCUUUGCUAGAGCUGAACAAGAAGUAUAAGCCUGUCCUUCACCUGAAGAAGCAGCAGCUGAUUAACGGGUAUAGACGCUUCGACCCCGUCAGGGGCAUGGAGUACACCUUGGACCUUCAGCUGGAGGUGGUGAACCAGAAAGGUCACAGCCGUUCUAUCACUAAGCGAGUUCAUCUGGUGCGACCUUUGAGUCGGACUGAGAUCAUCCCCAUGCCCUACGUCACUGAAGCUACCAGGAUUCACAUCAUUAUACCUCUUACUCUGCAGGACCGGAGCUCUGUGGAUCAUUUCCUGGGAGUCUAUGCUUCAAAUGCUUUUGAGACCAGUGAAAAUGCCAUUCUCACAUUUUUAUUUAUUUAUGACCCAGUAGAGGCACAGCAAGUCAACCAGAAUGAUAUAUUCGCCAGUGUGAAGGCUCAGAUAAACACUUAUGAACGUAAAUACCCUGCAGUUAAAAUCCCAUGGAUAAGUGUCAAGACAGAAACUCCAUCCCAGAUCAAAUUCAUGGACAUCAUCUCAAAGAAGCACCCAGUUGACUCGCUGUUCUUCCUGGCUAACAUUAAAACAAAUGUCAAUUCAGAAUUUCUGAACCGUUGCCGCAUGAACUCCAUAAACAACUGGCAGGUGUUCUUCCCUGUCCAUUUCCAGGACUUCAACCCUGACGUGGCUUAUCACAACCAGCCACAUCCGGCUACAGUUGAUCUGGUCAAGGACGCAGGCCAUUUUGACCGCAGGUCAUUUGAAGAAGCGUGUUUUUACAACUCGGACUACAUGGCAACUCGAACGCGAAUGGUGGCAGACGUCCAAGAGAAUGAGGAGAUUCUAGAUACCCUGGACAUCUUUGACAUGUUCUUAAACUAUUCGGCCCUGCACGUGUUCAGGGCAGUGGAGCCAGCAUUGCACCAGCCGUACAGCUACCAAGCCUGCAACCCACGGCUCAGUGAAGACAUCUAUCACAGAUGUGUUCAGAGCAACCUGGAAGGUCUCGGUUCGCGCUCCCAGCUUGCCAUGCUACUGUUUGAGCAAGAACAAGGAAACAGCACUUGAAACCAGAAUUAAACUUCCAUUAUAUUGAGGUUACAAACUGUGUUUGUUGCUCUAAAACCUUAUGAUACAAGCUAGCACAACUAAAGUCUGGAGAACUGAGGUGACAUAUGUGAUGCUGCCUGACAUUCUCUAGCAUUCUUUAGUUUGAGGUUGUAGCUAGCUUGGAAAAAUGAAUGCAGUACAUUCCUAAUGAAAACUUUCCUAAAUGUUUACAAUGCAUAUGAGUUGCUAGAACCAAAUGUUUUUGCUACUGUGACGAUUCUAAAAAGCUGCAAUUUACAAGUUUUGAUCACUUGUUGGGAGAAACUGCCAGCAGCAGAGCCUUGACGCAGUGCUGGUUCAUCCAGCUGUUAUGUCUUUGGUGUCCAGGGGACAUAGGUGACCCAAUGGUGUCGUCUCUCGUGUUCAGUUCAGAUAUUCAGUGGGAUCAGAAGAAUUAGCUGCAAUACUUUCACAUUUUAGAAUGUCAUUUGAUUUUAAAGGCACAAUGAGUAGGAUUGUAUUUGUAUGUGUAUAGAAUGGUGUCUGUUUCAGCAGCUCUGCCUGUAUUUUCUAUUUUCUGUUCAUUUUGCUGUGUUGGGGGCUUUUGUGUGCACCAACAUUUAUAAAACGCAGCAACCAGGUGCCAGAUUGUAAGCACAGAUCAAAGAAAAAGCCAAAAGAAUGGUGGACACAGUGCCAAAAAAAUGCAAAUAUAGUGUGGUGAAACACCAUGCGGACAAUGCUUGUACCAAAAACGUGACCCUGAGGUUUUGCUUUUACACGCUGGCGAGCACAGUAAACCUCAUUGAUACGGUGAGGAGGGGCUGACUGUGAAUGUUGAAAAAUCCUACUCAUUGUCCAUUUUUAUUGUUAAUUUCAAAGAUAUUGUAAGAUGGGGCUUUAAGGUGAAGCUCUAAAAGAUAAUCGGUAUAUUGCACCACAGGUUGUGUGCUCAUUCACAUUGAAGCAUUGAGCUUUUGACACGUUCUGAUUUACAAAGGCAAAUCUUUGUAUAUGUGCCUUGACACUGACUGUUGGGUGGGAGAUAGUAUCUUCCACUGUGGAUAAAGCCUGUUACACAGCUGAGAGGAAUGAAUGGAGAGUCAGUUAACUUUUUUUUUUUUUAAAGGUGACAGGUUUUAAAUGUGCCUCAAAGCAGGGGAGGGGUUGAUCUUCUGUUGGUCUUCAGAGGUUAUAGGUGAAGACUAGUGUAUUCCAGUAGGCCAGCAGUGUGUAUUUAAGCUUUUGAUGUUGUAAGAAAAUGUACAUUCAAGAGGCAAAGGGCAAUCAUGAAUAAUGGGGGGAAAUAAAUCACCUAGGUAAACGUCUGAAGUGAUGGCCCAUGCGAGUCCUCGUUAAAGCUGUACUUUAAAACUGAAUAUUUUUAAAUCAAAAAACAAUUUUUCCACAUCAAGUUUAGCAGAUAGUUUUUUUUAUACUCUAAAAAAGAUGUCUAAAUGUUCUAAAGUAUUUUUUAUAAAUUAUUGAAUGAUGUCAUUGUCCUCCAUUUCCUGGGCUCGGUUUUAGAAACGGCAGCUUUCUCCCAGUCUCAGUGCAGUCCAAUGGGAGGCCUUUUCUACAUUACUGAGUGGAGGUUGUGGAUGUAUCGGUACUGGACACCAGAAAGUUAUUAGUAUAUUAUAAUGUGCAAUAUUACAGAUAACACAACUGGCUAUAUGUCCGAUGGAGGGGGUCUUUUAAUUCAAAGACAAUUGCUGCAAAUACUGCAGUGUGUUUAUCACAAUACUGUUCAUGACAUUGCAUAAAGCAUCUGGUGCUUUCUGUUCAAUGUUAAGUAAAUACACUGUAUUUUCUUUUGAAAAGACCUUUAAUGUAUUUUGCUGACACUAGACACUUUUCAUCAUCAAAUUUGCUUUGAAAUACAUUAAGGCAAGUCCAUUUUAUUUAACUUUAAUCGGAUUCAAAGUAUUUAUUGGAAACACUACAUCUGCAGUGGUGAUCCUCAACAGUGUUUGCUGUAUUUUCUGCCAUGUGAACAAAGACCGCGGAGGUCAUUUUUAUAACGCAUCUCUUUCUUUAGAGAGCAGAAGAGUAUGACACUAAUAAUGUGCAGAAAUGGAAACUGAAUCUUCCAAAAAACCACUGUGAAAGACGGAGGGCUCGGAUUACAAUAUGAAGUUAUUGUGGUGAUCUGGGUCGUCUCUGCCUUCUGUAAACGUGAGAAGCUUAAAAUCAAGCGAGCGUGGCAGAUUAAUCACCCCGUGUUGUUAACACCGCCGCCAUCGCUGAGCGAAGACUUAAGUGUUUUGUCCAUAACUUAUUUAUCUGCCAUUUCUCUAUGACUUAUGCAGAUUCUGAAUACUUCCGCACUAACAGAGGCUUCCACAGCAUUCUCUGUACAUUUAUAAAUAUUUUAUAGAUUCUAUUUUUAAGCUUAUUGUAGCUUUAUGUACACUGCAAAUGAUACUUUUAUUAUAUUUGGUGACAAAUUAAACAUACUGUAUUUUGAGCAUUGAAAAUCAUGACAUUUGACCAUGAAAAUAAUUUAAAAUGUAUGUUUUCCCACUUCAAUCAUGUAAUUCAUUCAAAGAAGCAGGCAAAUACCUUUUUUAUUUACAUUAUUUUAUGGAUAUGGGUACUAGUAUAACCAAAGCGAUACAUUUUAAUGAAUGCUCAUCACAUUUAAUUGUGUGCUGUAAUUCCCAAAUGAACUGUGAAUUAUUGUAAUUUUUAAAUAAAGA